GCGGCGGCGGCAGCGGCGGGGGCAGCCCGGGCAGCCCGAGCCCCGCGGCCUGGGCCUGCGCUCGGCGCCAUGAGCGGUGGCGCGCCUUCGGGGGGCGGCCCUGGGGGCUCGGGCCGGGCGCGGACCAGCUCGUUCGCGGAGCCAGGCGGCGGAGGAGGCGGCGGCGGCGGCGGCCCGGGGGGUUCGGCCUCUGGCCCAGGCGGCAGCGGCGGCGGGAAGACGUCAGUCGGAGCCAUGGGCGGGGGCGUGGGGGCCUCAAGCUCCGGGGGUGGCCCCGGCGGCAGCGGCGGAGGAGGCAGCGGCGGCCCCGGCGCGGGCACCAGCUUCCCGCCGCCCGGAGUGAAGCUGGGCCGUGACAGUGGGAAGGUGACCACAGUGGUAGCCACUCUAGGCCAAGGCCCGGAGCGCUCCCAGGAGGUGGCUUACACAGACAUCAAAGUGAUUGGAAGUGGCUCAUUUGGGGUCGUGUACCAGGCACGGCUGGCAGACACCAGGGAAUUGGUGGCCAUCAAGAAGGUUCUCCAGGACAAGAGGUUCAAGAACCGAGAGCUGCAGAUUAUGCGUAAGCUGGACCACUGCAAUAUCGUGAGGCUGAGAUACUUUUUCUACUCCAGUGGGGAGAAGAAAGACGAGCUUUACCUAAACCUGGUGCUGGAAUAUGUGCCCGAAACAGUGUACCGGGUGGCCCGCCAUUUUACCAAGGCCAAGUUGAGCAUCCCUAUCAUCUAUGUCAAGGUGUACAUGUACCAGCUCUUCCGGAGCUUGGCCUACAUCCACUCCCAGGGUGUGUGUCACCGCGACAUCAAGCCCCAGAACCUGCUGGUGGACCCCGACACUGCUGUCCUCAAGCUCUGCGAUUUUGGCAGUGCAAAACAGUUGGUCCGCGGGGAGCCCAAUGUCUCCUACAUCUGUUCUCGCUACUACCGGGCCCCAGAGCUGAUCUUCGGAGCCACCGAUUACACCUCAUCCAUCGAUGUGUGGUCGGCUGGCUGCGUACUGGCUGAGCUCCUCUUGGGCCAGCCCAUCUUCCCAGGGGACAGUGGGGUGGACCAGCUGGUGGAGAUCAUCAAGGUGCUGGGAACACCGAGCCGGGAACAGAUUCGCGAGAUGAACCCCAACUACACGGAGUUCAAGUUCCCCCAGAUUAAAGCUCACCCCUGGACAAAGGUGUUCAAAUCACGAACGCCGCCCGAGGCCAUCGCGCUCUGCUCCAGCCUGCUGGAGUACACCCCCUCCUCGAGGCUCUCGCCGCUGGAAGCCUGCGCCCAUAGCUUCUUCGAUGAACUGCGAUGUCCUGGAACCCAGCUCCCCAACAACCGCCCGCUCCCCCCGCUCUUCAAUUUCAGUCCUGGUGAACUCACCAUCCAACCAUCUCUCAAUGCCAUCCUCAUCCCUCCUCACUUGAGGUCCCCGGCGGGCACUGCCUCCCUCACCCCAUCCUCACAAGCUUUAAGUGAGGCUCAGACCAGCUCGGACUGGCAGUCAACCGAUAACACAACCACCCUCACCAACUCUUCCUGAGGGCGCCACCAACUACCCUUCCAUCUGGGAGCCCUGUGUGGGGCUGGGAAGGGGGGCCAUAGCCCACCAAGCUCCUGCCCUGACUGGGCCCCUAGACUAGAGGGCAGAGGUAAACGAGUCCCCACCCCACCCCCCUAGUCCCUCCCUCACCAGCCUCACCCCUGUGGUAGGCUUUUUAAGAGGAUUUUAACUGGUUGUGGGGAGGGAAGAGAAGGAAGGACAGGGGAUGGGGGGCAUGAGGACCUUCCACCCCCUCAGCCCCCCACCCUCCCCCCAGGUCUCCACCUCCUCCAACCCCCUCCCCCACUGUGUCCCUUGUAAAUAGAACCAGACCAGCCCCUCUCCUCCUCUUCCCUUCCCUUUCCCCCGGGUGUAAAUAGAUUGUUAUAAUUUUUUUCUUAAAGAAAAUGUCGAUUCGCACCGUCCAACCUGGCCCCUUCCCCUCCUACAGCUGUGUCCCUGCUCCUGUCCUCUGCCCCUAAGGCCUCCUCCCUCCUCUCCCCGCCCUGGAGGGCAGGGGCAGUGGGGGAGCUCCUGAUGUCUUAGUUUUCACAGUAAGGUUUGCCUGUGUACAGACCUCCGUUCAAUAAAUUAUUGGCAUGAAAACCUG